CUGCGCGCUCUCGUAACCAUGUCGCCAUUUUGAUUCGAAAAAUAUGACUGAGUUUUUCCUGCUUUGCAUGCUAAACUUAGCCCAGCGUUUGAAUUACUUUGUGCGUGAGUACGAAUCAUACACUCUAGAUCUGUAAUAACAGGUAUUGUUAUUAAUGUCAAGUAGCCAUUCAUGCUGGGGAACUGUUUAUUUGAUAGACUUCAGAGCCACAUUUGACUAACGUUAGCUAAGUUGAGCUAGCUAACUGUAGCCUGUGCUGUCGCAGACUGACCCUUCUUCAAAACAAAUCACUAUUCGCUCGUAUGUAUCUUAGCUAACACAGCUAAUAGCGAACUGGAUAGCUGGUGACUUAACGCUAGUAGCUGACUGCUUGACGAAAAACUCAACUAACAAUCUUGAACACACACGGGAGGCAUAGAAGCGAACUUUCAAUCAAAAGGUUAUGGUGAGCCUCUCUGCGUCUCAUCUCCUAAAGAGGCCUGCGUUUUAAGAGGAGACCCAUGCUGAUAAAUGCCAGGCCUCGCCACACUCUCUGUCGUCGGCACAAACACAAAUGCCUGCCUGCCCGUGGGGGAGGUCUGAUUAAAGAUAUCCACCUUUCAUCCACUGGGCUGUGUCCCCCGUCCCAGCGGCCACCAUGUUCUGGAAGUUCGACCUGCACACCACCUCCCACAUCGACCAGCUGCUGGACAGAGAGGACGUGACGCUGAGAGAGCUGAUGGAGGAGGAUGACGUCCUGCAGGAGUGCAAGGCCCAAAACCGCAGGCUGCUCCUCUUCCUCUCCCAGGACCACUGCAUGCAGGAGCUGGUCCGCCUCAUCACCACGGAGCCGCCCGCCGACCUGGAGGAGAGGAGCCGCUUUAAGUUUCCCAACAUUGCUUGUGAGCUCCUGACAUCAGACGUGUCCAUUAUCAACGAUAAGCUGGGUGCAGACGACUCUCUCCUUGAGGUGCUCUAUCACUUCCUGGAGCAGGACCCCCCCCUCAACCCGCUACUGGCCAGCUUCUUUAGCAAAACCAUUGGCAAUCUCAUUGCCAGGAAAACCGAACAGGUGAUUACCUUUCUAAAGAAAAAGGAAGGCUUCAUUGGUCUGGUGCUGAAACAUAUUGACGCCUCUGCCAUGAUGGACCUGCUGCUUCGCCUCAUCAGUUGUGUGGAGCCUGCCCCCUUGAGGCAGGAGGUCCUCCAUUGGCUGAAUGAGGAGAAGUUGGUACAAAGACUCACAGAGCUCAUCCAUACUGGCAAAGAUGAGGAGAGACAAUCAAAUGCAUCCCAAACGCUUUGUGACAUCAUCCGCCUUAGUCGAGACCAGGCCAAUCAGAUGCAGGAGAAUAUGGAGGCCGACCCGCUAUUGGCUGUACUAGAGUCGCAGGAGAGUGUAGCGGGGCUCCUGAAGAACAUGUUUGAAGGGGAGAGGAGUGAGGCCUCCAUUGUUAACGGAACUCAAGUGCUACUUACCUUACUGGAGACCAGGAGGUCUGGGUUGGAAGGGCUGAUGGAUCUGUAUUCUCAGGGUUAUGAAAGGUCUUACACUGUCAGCAGCAGUAUUUUAAAUGCCAUUGAGCCCCAUAUAAAGGACUUCCAGCAGCUUCUUCUAGAUCCCCCCAAGAAAAGUGCAAUAUUGACGACCGUUGGCGUUCUAGAGCAGCCGCUGGGGAACGCCCGCCUUCACGUGGCCCGGCUGGUGGCCGCCCUGCUGCAGACCAAUGCCCUCAGUAUCUGCCAGGAGCUCUGCAAUCUCUCCACCAUGGACCUACUACUGGAUCUGUUCUUCAAAUACUCCUGGAAUAACUUUUUGCACUUCCAAGUGGAGCUGUGUGUGGCGGCUAUCCUGAACCAUCCUUCCUCGGAGGAGCGGCCCAACCCGGGCCUCCAGAACCACGAUGGGAAUCCCGCAGCAUCGGACCCUGAGCCGCAGGGGGAGGCGGUGGAGACAGGCAGGACUAGUGACCCACAGACCUCCAUCCACAAUGCCCUCGUAGCGCAUCUUUUCCAGAAGUGUCAACUGGUACAGAGGAUCCUUGACGCCUGGGAGGAGAAUGAUAAAAUACAGGGUGAGGGUGGCACCAGGAGAGGCAACAUGGGUCAUCUCACCAGAAUCGCCAACAUGGUGGUCCAGAACCUGGAGAAAGGACCAGUACAGUCCCAGAUCACCGACCUCAUCAAAGAGCUGCCAGAAGACUGCAGAGGCCGCUGGGAGAGCUUCGUGGACGAGACCCUGCGAGAGACUAACCGGAGGAACACGGUGGAGCUGGUAAGCACCCACAACAUGCACUCGUCCAGUGAAGACGACGACAUGGAGAGCCCGUUCCCCAACGACCUGUCUCUCCAGCAGGCCUUCUCUGACUAUCAGAUCCAACAGAUGACUGCCAACUUUGUGGAUCAGUUUGGCUUCAAUGACGAGGAGUUCAGCGAGCAUGAUGAAAAUAUCAAUGCCACAUUUGACCGAAUUGCCGAAAUAAACUUCAAUCUAGAUGCUGAUGAUAAUAGUGCCAAUGCGGCUGCGUUUGAAGCCUGCUGUAAAGAGAGGAUACGCCAGUUUGAUGAUGCUGAAGAGGAAGAGGACAUUUGGGAGGAGAAGGAGAUGAACUAUGCAACACAAGCUAAAUCCAGAACAAGGUUUGGGGUCUCCCAAACCUCCGAGAACAGCUCCAGGAGCAGCAUGGAGAACGGAGGCAGGGAGCGGGACCACGGUUCUGAAUCUGAUGAGGACGAGGACUCUGAGCAGAACACAUCUGAGCAGAACACAUCUGAGCCCAACACGUCAGAAACAGAUCCAGGCUGGACAGCAAAUUUCAGGGAGUCUGGAGGGACUGCAGCAUCCCAAACCCCAGCCCAGUGGGACAGCUCGUCUAGGAGUGGAACACAGACGCAGGGAAGUGGCUGGGCCACCUUCACUGAGUUCCAGCCUUUCUCUGGUACGGAGACUGAUCCCAGGUGCAGCUCUCCGGUGGGCUCGGGCAGCGGCGAUGCCGAUAAACAAGCCAAACAAAACCACGAGAAGAGUGACGUUGGUGCCUCCUCUGGUGCCUGGCCGGUGGGAGAGGGGAGGAAGGCUCCCAUCGUGGCCUCAGACAGCAGCUCCUCCGGGGGAUCCGACAGCGAGGAGGACGACAAAAACGCCGGCGCUCCUCCCACCACCGCCGUCGUCUCGGAAAUGGCCGGCGCCCCCGGCAACAAGACAGCUGACCUCAAAAGCGAGGAGAGUCUGGUGUCUCUGGAGAAACUCUCUCUGUCAGAUCCUCUGGAAGCCUCAGAGCAGCCUGCUGAGACUUCUCCUGCAACCACACAGACUGACAGGAGAGAGGAAACGCCACCGCCCCAGGAAGUGUCGGUCAACGGGCCGGUCUGAGCGCCAGCAACACUGCUCAAUCCAACAGUGACUGUCAGCCUCCUCCAGAGUGACUCCCCCCAAAAAAUAACCUCACUGCAACUUGGGUGUUUUUACUGAAUCCCUCGGCCAUGUUAUUGGACCUGGACACUGCCAAUCGACACCAAUAAUGAGGCGGCGGAACAUGUAAAAAAAAUUAAUUAAAAAAAAAAAAAAAAAAAAAAAAUCAACCAAACCAACAGACAGAGCGGAGUGUAAGGAAUCAUCUUCGAAGCCUUUUUUUUUUUCCAACGUUGCACAUAAUUACGUGCGGUUUUAAUGUAGCAGCGAUCUUUGAAAAACGACAGAAUCCGAGGGGUAACAUCGUCAUUAUUUUUUUAUGUCCUGAAAAGAGCUCCCCCCACUUUGGUCAAAGCUGUUGGAAUCCCAUUGAUAGGGAUUUUUUUCUACAUCGUCACCCCUGAAUGGAUAGCACAGGCUAACUUUUAAUGAUGCCUCAACAAUAAAUACCUUAUUUUGAAAAUAAUUUUUUUUUUUUUUUUUUUUUUUUCUUCUUCAGGCUUAAGAAAAAGCACUUAUGCAGCCACUUACUGUACAUUAUAGCACAAUGUAAGUGUUCUACCCUCAUCUCUGCUGGCUGUCUUAUCUGUCCUCUCACCCAGAUCGAGGUUUCUAUCCGUUGUUUCCGGGGUCGGUUUAUUUUUUAUUUUUUUUCUCUUCUCUUUGGUAGCUGUUGAUGAAGCAUCUCUUGUUGUCGUACAUCACCAGGUUUCUGAAUGUUCUCAAGUGCUUCGGGAGGGUCGGUGGAGGGGCAGGUCGAUGAACAGAGCUCCAAUAGUAUUACUGUCUUUUGCUCAUGUGCAAUAAUGUCAAUUAGCCGUUUAAUUUAAAAAUGAAAUUCAACAUUUUUCCUUUUUAAAAGAAUCAAUCUAGCGUUGGAUACUCAUGUGGUGUAGUUUGGGGCGCACAAAUUUGGAUAUAUUCUCAACUUGAUCAUUUAUUUUAAAAUGUUCUUUUUUGGUUUUAUUUUUUAGUGCAUGUAUAACCGGUUCUCUGUUGACCUAGCUAGUGAGCUAAGACCUUCUGAUUGUAUUGACCUUUAAGUUGUUAUUGCUAUCCCCCCUUAAAUCAAACCAAACAUUAUCUGCCUAUAUACAAAUAUUAUCUACAUUUAAAAGUAAUUUUUACAA